AUGCUCGAAGUCUUUGCAAAAGAAAAUCAUGUAGGGGAACUGCAUGCUCACUUUGAAGUCAGCCUGUACACCCUGAAGUUCUCCUGGAUCCCAACAGCGCAGGGGUUCUUAAUGGAGCUUGAUUUUGCGGUGCUGCUUGCCACAGCCAUCUCCUUGGCUGCUGUGGCAAGCCUGAAGCAUGGACUUCAUCCCAUUGACCUGAGGAGCCCAAAGGAUGCCCUGCCACUGGGAUUCUUCUCUCAAAUUCCUGAAGGGAGAGAGCUGGUGCCCAGAGGGCAGCCCUGGCAGAGGAAACAAGAGUCACCUCAUAUCAAAACAUACCUGACCCUUUCUUUGAAGGUGUCCCUCAAACUAGGCCAUUUCCAUUUCUGUGGUGGCAGCCUGGUCCGAGAAGACGUGGUUACUAGCAGUGGUCACUGCAUGGUGAACCUGGAGCAGAAACUCCUGAAGAGCCUGGUGGUGACAGUGGGGGAGCAUCAUCUCCAGUGGGCAGACAAGCAGGAGCAGAGCAUCCCUGUCUCACGUGUCAUCAUCCACCCCAUGUUCAACCGGCUGUGCUACAUGGAUUGCGACGUGGCCCUGCUGUACCUGCAGCACCCAGCCCAGUACACAGACAAAGUUCAGCCCACCUGCCUUGCUCACAGGGAUGAAGACUUCCAGGCUGGGACACUGUGUGUGGCUGGUGGCUGGGGCAAGGUGUCUGAGGUGGCUGGGGUGCUGGAUCCCAUCCUGCAGGAGGUGGAGCUGCCCCUCACGGACAGGCAGACCUGCAGUGCGCUGCUGAGGGGCAUGAACCUGCCACCAGUGCGGGGCUCCGUGCUGUGCACUGGCUUUCCUGAUGGCAGGGGGGAUGCAUGCGAGGGUGACUCUGGAGGCCCCCUUGCAUGUCUGAGGGCUGGUGGCACCUGGACUCUGGCCAUUGUGGUGUCCUGGGGGGUCAGUUGUGCCAGGGAAUGGGAUACCCUCGAGAGAAGCAUCACAGCCCGGGGGUCACCAGGCAUCUUCUACCAGGUGACUGCAUUCAUGGACUUCAUUGCCCAGCACAUGACACCAGCUCAGCCGUGCAAAUACAUGCCUUUACUAUUGCUUGCUUCUAGCCUGUGCACCUGGAAUAUAACAGUGCUGGAGGACAAAAUCAUCUUGAUACACUUCACCAAAAUAGAUGUAGAGUACGAAGUUGGAUGUGACCGUGACUGUGUGUCCCUCUAUUGGAAUGGAAAAGAGCUGGAUCACUCCUUGUCUCCCUCGGGUAAAGCCUGCGGGGAUGUGUUCCCAGCCCCUCCGCUGGCAGAGCUGGACCAGGCCACUGUUACGUUUGUUUCUGACGGGAGCGACGCUGGCUGAAACUUUGAGCUCACCUUCAUGGCCCUCCAUAAGGACCCUGAAGCAGGUGACUUCGCUGAUGCUGUAGAAACUCCUUUCCUCUCCUUCCUGACCCCCUUAAAAAUAACAACUAUCCUUAGUGUGCCUGGGUUCCUUAAAAAUCAAGUUGUUUAUUUGCGUUUAUUAAAAGUACCAUAUAAUCCCGUCUGCUUGGGCUGUGAAAGUGUCGCAAUGUUAGUGGAAGAGGGGAAGACUGAUACUGCUAAUUAGCCUGGCUUGUAUCCCAGGAACACAAAGUGCCACUGGCUCAUUGAGGGUCCAGCAGAGUAUGUCGUAAAGCUUUUCUCCAGCCCGUGGUUAAGAAGGGUAAGUGUUUUGGUCUUGAUGCUUCCCUCUUGCUUGUCCACUUUGCAGCUGGAGUUUGAAGACUUUGCUGUAGAACUUCGCCUGGGCUGCGUUUAUGAUGCAGUUACUGUUUAUGGUGAUGAAGUAGAAGAAAACCAGUUGGGAGAGAGCAAGAGCAACUUUGCUCUAAGUGUCAUUGAAAAAGACAUGUUCAAAACAGAGCAGACAAAUUUGGUCUCUCCUGCAUCUUUGGCCUUGCUGUAUCCACUGUACACCUGUGGCCUUCCCCCGGUUACUCCCCAGUGGCUGUUCAAGCGUGUUAGUGGGGCCAAGGAGGCCUGUCCUCGCUGUUGGCCAUGGCAUGCCGCCCUGAAGCUCCUUGGAGAGUACCAGUGCAAUGCGGCUGUCAUCAGCCCUACGUGGCUGCUGACAGCCACCCACUGUGUGCAGCUAUCCAAUAAACCCUUGCUCUGGAUUGUGACAGUAGAAGACCAUGACAGAGCCCUGAGAGAGUCAACAGAACAGGUGAGGCAGGUGAAAACCAUUGUGGUGCAUCCCCACUUUGACAUGCUGAGCUAUGACUCCAACAUUGCCCUGGUGCAGCUAGACAUACCUCUGGAGUACAAGCUGCUGAGACCAGUAUGUCUGCCCAACAGCACAGAGAUAUCAUCUUCCUCUUCCCUCUGUGCUAUGUCUGGAUAAGGGAUCAUCAAAGAAGAUGGGAGCCGAGCUAGGCAGUUGCAGCAGACAUAAGUGCCUGUACUUGAGAAUGAAAUCUGUGAGAGAAAUUACUACUUCAGUCACCCUGGAGAGAUCACAGCCACGAUGCUUUGUGCUGGCGUUGUUUCUGGUGGUUCUGGUGGCCCCUUGGUUUGCAACAAGGAAAAUGGAGCAUUUGCUCUUUACGGCAUUGUCAGCUGGGGUGUUGGCUGUGCCAGCCCAAAGAAACCAGGGGUCUAUUCAAGGGUGAGGAUUUUCUUGUACUGGAUAAGACUGCUGAUGAAAGAACGUGCGUCAGAAGUGGAGUUAGAAGAGCCCCGGGGGUUUAUCUCUGCUCCUUCCUCGUCAGGAUACAUGGGAAGCACAGAGUGCUCUUGGAUACUCCAACUGUCUCUGAAGGGCAUGGCAAAGAUUAUAGUAAAGCAUCUGUCAAUAUCAUCAUCACUGAACUGCCAAGAGGAGUUUCUUGAGAUUUAUGAAGAGAGCCAGAGAGGAAGAAAAGUGCUAGGUGGAAUGAACGACACUGAAGCAUUAGCGCCUGGGAAACAGGGGUGUGACUCUUUAUACCAGAAGAGCUGUGUUAUGUGGUACCAUGCAGUCUCCUGCGGUUCUCCAGAGGCCCAGACCUCAGAUGUCAUCCUUACAGGUCGGGAAGGAAUGAUCCAGUCACUGGGAUACCCCAUGAGAUAUGCAAAUUCCACCAGCUGCCACUGGAGAAUUGUAGCCCCAUUAAAAUCCAUUGUUCGGCUUGAAGUCCUGGACUUCUGGACUGAAAGAAAUCUGUCUAAUUGUCAUGGCCAACUGAUGGUGUAUGAAGGAUUUUGACUAACCAAAGAGUUAACAGGCAACUUCUGUGGUGAUGCUUCCCUCUACCCUAUAAAAUCCCGAGGUUCAGUGGUGCACAGUGACCUUCGCUUCCAGGGCUGA